UUGCAAACGUCUGCGAGCCUCGGGCGAGUCGGAUCGGGAACGGGAGAGCUGUGUGUCUCGCGAGUUAACGAAGAGGGGUAGGUACUGGGUCUUAUAUUUGAGGUUGCUUGCGCUCUUGUGACAUCGAGACUUCUCACUCACCCACACCCGCACCAUCGGACUGCAACGGCGCCCUGGACCUGAGUUUCGAGCCGGGAUCGACUAUCUUUAUUGGCUACCACCUGUGUAGCUUGUGCGAGGGCAAGUCCGUUUGCUUUGCUCUGCUUACGAAAGGCUUGGGCUUUGAAUUCGCCUAUUGCCCUAUUCUCCUUCCGCGCUCUUUGACCAUACCCGCUGCUACCUACGGGACCGGACAUUUUACAUUAUUCGAAACACAAGCAUUCGAGGGAGAAACAGUAACGCAACAACGCAACAACCAUGGUCGAAAUCAACGGCCUGACCCACCGCACGCGCACCAUGCAACUCACCACAGAUGGCGGCCUCAUCCCCGUCUGCAACAUCGUCACCCCCGUCGGCAUGCUGGGCUAUGGGCUCGACGAGACCCUCACCACGGACGCGCUCAUCAAGCUGAUCCGCAACGGCGCACCGACCGCCAUCAUCCUCGACUCCGGGUCGACCGACAGCGGGCCAGAGAAGCUAGCGUUGGGGUGCAUGAGCGCGCCGCGGACGAACUACUUGCGGGACUUGACCAAGUUGGUGCGGCUGGCGUAUCGGUUCCAUGUGCCGCUGAUUUUCUCGAGCGCGGGCGGCGACGGGAGCGAUGAGCAUGUGAGGGAGAUGCUGAAGGUGCUGGAGGAGAUUGCGGCGACGAAGGGGAACGAACACUACCGCCUCAAGACUGUAGCCAUCUUCUCGGAAGUGCAAAAGGAUCUCGUGCGCGAGCGACGGAGAGCAGGCGCCAUCACCGGCUGCGGCAAGCCGGUCCCGCAUCUCACCGAGGAAGAAAUCGACUCCGCGCCGCGGAUAUGCUCGCAGAUGGGACCUGAGCCCUUCCUGGACGCCAUGUACGCCAACCCGGACUUCAACAUCAUUGUCGGUGGACGCGGGUACGAUCCCUCGCCCUAUGUUGCCUUUGCGGCCUUCGCCUCCAAGACGCCCCUGAAGGACACCGCGAGCCCAGAGGCUCAGCGAAUGUGGGGCGGCUUCACCCACAUGGGUAAGAUCAUGGAGUGCGGCGGUGCGUGUUCGACGCCGAAGAGCGUUGGCGCGACGGCUACGGUGUACCACGAUGGAACGUUCGAUAUUGAGUCUACUGAUCCGGGAUCGCGGUGCACACCUCUUUCCGUCUCCGCGCAUACGCUGUACGAGAAGACGCGCCCGGAUAUCUUGUACGGACCUGGAGGCUAUCUCGACUUGACGCAUUCGCAGUAUGAGAUGCUGGACGACGACAGGUCGUGCAGAGUCCGCGGCGGCACGUUUACCUUCUCGCGGGAUGCCGGUUCGUCGUAUCAGAUUAAGCUGGAGGCGGCGCGAAUCAUCGGCUACAGGGCGCAGUACAUGGGCAGCAUUCGGGAUCCUACCCUAAUCAGCCAGCUCGACACCCUUCUCAAACGCAUAAAAGCCUACGUCACGCAGCAACACGCCACCGUGGACGGUACAUGGGAUCUUGACUGGCACAUCUAUGGGCAGAACCACCUCAAGAAAGACGGACAAAUGGCUGAAGUGUUCAUCAUCGGCGAGGCGCUUGCGUCUACGCAAGAGCUUGCCAACAGCGUCGUGUCGACAGCCAGGGUGGCCACCGUGCAUGCCCCGUAUCCCGGCCAGAAAGCCACGUCUGGCAACUUUGCUUACGGUCUCGGCGGAAAAGUAGAGAUCCCACUCGGCCCCUGCGCUCAGUUCUCCAUCUAUCACCUUAUGGCCGUUGAAGAAGGCGAGGAGAGGCUUCGACUCAGCGACGAUUCCAACGCGCUGUUUCGCCAGGAGGUUACCAUGGUCGGCGUGCCCACCAAGCCCCAAGUCGUACCCUUGGAGCCAUCCAAGCAUAGGCGUGGUCUGUCUUUGCUGGAUGACGAAGGAGGCCCAGUCCCAGAGGACGACACAAAGCCGCCGAAGACACUGGGCGACGUCGCCGGCAUUCUGCGGUCCAAGAACGCUGGGCCGUACGAAGUGACAUUUGACGUGAUGUUCAAAACCGAGGACAUUUUCCGAUUGGUGAAGGAGUCCGACAUCUUGAAUGCUGCCGCGGUAGCCAGGCUGUUCGAUCUGACGGAAGACGACAUCAUCUGGAGCGGCUUCUUCGACCAGGCGCUGGCGUACAAGGCGACGAUCCCACGGUUAUGGAAGGGCAAGGUUGCGCCGAACGGUGGCUUCAUGGAGAACGACGUGCAUGGUUCGCAGAGGUAUAUUGGAUUGAUGAACAUGGAGCUCCCGGAGAGCUUCGUCGAGAGCUGGAAGAAUCUCCAGGUACAAAGGGGUCGGUCGCGGUCACCGCCGAGGGAGAAGAAGCCGAUGACGAACGGAAUCAAGGAGCAUUGAUGAGCAUCUAUAAUGUAGCAUAACUCAAGGCGUUUUGGGUCGUACCCUAGGAGCAGGGUUUUGGGUCCGUGAGAUUUACCGGUCAUGGCUAGCUUAAUCCAUUUAUUGAUAUCGAGCAAUGGGCUGCCCUUGCAUAUGCUCAGCGUGUGAGGGUGCAAUAGUAUCGAACAUUCCCCAAACUGAGUCGCCCCAGAGGUCCUCAGGGAGAGAGAAAUCUAAUCCGGCGAAUGCUCCCAUGUUGCUCACGUCCACAGCCAUGUCUG